AAUGGCCAGGCACUCGGCUCUCUGGACCGCCACUCUGAUUGCCUUUCUCUCAGUCCCAUGCCUUGCAAACCGAAAACUGCUGGUUUUCCUCAUCGAUGGCUUCCGCUAUGAUUACAUCAACGAAAACGAACUGCAGAACUUGCCGGCUCUGAGGGAAAUCGUGCAAUCGGGCGUCAAAGCGGAAUACCUGACACCGGUCCCCAGCCUCUCCUUCCCCAAUUAUUACUCCCUGAUGACCGGACACUAUUGCAAUGUGCACCAGAUGAUCGGAAAUUAUAUGUGGGAUGAGAAAUCAAACAAAUCAUUUCUAAUUGGUGAGAAUGAGGAUAGUCGGCUCCCAAUGUGGUGGGAAGCAUCAGAGCCAAUCUGGGUUACCAUGAUGAAGAAUAAGCGACAAGUUUAUAUGUAUUACUGGCCAGGUUGUGAAGUUGAGAUUCAGAGCACCAGACCUACGUACUGUCGGGAAUACUAUUACUAUCCAUCAGACAAAAAUUUUUCGACUGCUGUUUCAGAUGCCAUUGAUGUUUUGUGGCAGGGGAAAGCAGACAUGGCUGCAGUGUACUAUGAGCGCAAUGAUGUUGAAGGUCAUCAUUUUGGUCCUUGGUCAGAGCAGAGGAAGGAAGCCACCAAAAGUUUGGAUGAAACUUUAAGAAGCAUGAAUAUGAAAAUUAAGGAACUGGGUCUCCAGAAUGAAUUGAAUGUUAUUCUGUUUUCGGACCAUGGAAUGACUGACAUUUUCUGGACCGAGAAGGUCAUUGAACUUGAUAAGUACAUAAAGAUGUCAGAUGUACUGAACAUGAUGGAUCGAGGGCCUAUAGUCAGUUUGUGGCCUCAAGAAGGAAAACUGAAUGAGCUGUACAGUAACCUUAAGAAGGUUAAAGAGAUGAGCGUGUACAAGAAAGAUGAAAUUCCAGACAAAUAUCAUUAUAAAGGUGGCAAAUUUGUAGCACCACUUACUCUGCUCGCUCAAGAAGGAUGGUUUAUCUCUGAGAAUAUACAGAAGUUACCUUAUUGGGCCAAUGGAACAGAUGGCAAGAAGGGUUGGCAGCAUGGAUGGCAUGGCUAUGACAAUGAUUUGAUGGUUAUGAAAGGAUUCUUUCUGGCCUAUGGACCAGAUUUCAGAUCAAAUUACAAGGCACCUCCAAUAAGAGUGGUUGAUGUAUACAACAUCAUGUGUCAUGUUGCUGGAAUAAACCCAUUGCCAAACAAUGGUACAUGGUCCCGAGUGAAGUUGAUGCUGAAUAACGGUGUGAAUUUGUCUUGCACUGCAAAAGCUAGUGUAACUGUGUUGACACUAAUGUUGGGCUGGGCCUUUUUCUGAUUUGAUUUCACUUAAUUUUUUAAAACAUUUGAAUUGAACUCUGUGAUUUUUACUAAGAUUGUUCUAAUUAAUUGUCUUUGGAUCUUUAAAUAACGUUUAAUCAUACUGUCAAAGUGUUGGACCCUAAUAGCUUCCUACUGAAUGCUGUAAAGCGAUCCAUUUUUGAGUAAAAUGUCAAUGUUUUAUAGUCUAUAAUGCACAACUAGUUGAACACCUCCCAUUGCAUACCCAGAAGUAACAAUCCUACCGCUAUCCUGACUCUAACACUUUGUACAUCCCCUCCUUGCUUUGGCAGGAGUGCAUUCAGCCAUCUUGCCCCAUGCUAUGAAGUUUCUUCAUACAUCCUAAUGCCUCAUUCCCUCCCUCUCCUCCUCAGAAAACCUCAUUGAUUAACAGCUCUUUUAACAAGCUCUCGCUCAGACUUCCUGAUUUCUUCUUUAGCUUUAUUUCAUCUUUGUCUGAUAAAGUUCCUGUGAUAUUUUUCUUAAAAAAUGAAAGUUGUUGAUCUGAUGCAAAUUGUGUUGCUAAAGAGUUGAUGUCCUUCCCGGACGUGAUAGUUCCUAAGAUAGUUUGCUCAGAACAGUCCAGACGACAGCAUCAAGUGGAAAUUUAAUGAGUUCCAAUAUUAUGGUAGCACCAGAACACUGUUCUUCUUGCAAGAUCGAGGAGACAUUUGGUUGGAUUUACUUCUUCCUUUAUUUGAUAGAAUGCCAUUUAACAAGGAAUUCAGAAACUACAUCAUGAUCCUUUACUUAAACUACAUGUCACAAUGCAGUCUAAUUAUUGUGGGGGAGUUCCUUAAGGGAGAUAAUGUCCUAUUGGUGUUAUUGCGAGACUAUUAAUCCACAGGUUUAGAUAACAUUCUGGGGACCUGGGUUGAAACUGGCCAUGGCAGAUGGUGGAAUUUGAAUUCAAUAAUAAUCUAGAAAUAAGAGUCUAAUGGUUAUCAGGAGAAAACUCAACUGGCGAACUAAUAUCCUUUAGGGAUGGAUAUUAGCCUUAACUGGUCUGGCCUACAUGUGACUCCAGACAAGUGCAAAGUGGUUGACUCUUAAAAUGCCGUCUGUCCAAUUAAGGAUGGGUAAUAAAUGCUGGCCCAGUCAGUGAUGCCCAUAUCCCAUCAAUGAAUGUACAAAAAGAAACUCUCCUACAUUCUCUCACUAAUGAGUGAACAGACAGGAAUGCUCAUGUUCCAAUUAGAUGUUUUGUUUUCCCAGUAGAACCAUUGCCAACAUAAGAAAGUAUUGAGUUUGGCAUUGGCCCUAGUUGGAUUAAAUAUAGAAUAAUUCUGCACCUUGAUGACAUAUUGUUUUAUAUAAUACACCCAUUUCACUGCCUGCCAUAAAUCACAUUAAAGUACUUGGUCAGCUUCCAGGUCACUAAUUAUGACAAGAUGGAGAGCAUGCAUUUUGCAAGUUGUAUUGUACUAGGCUCCAGAUUGUCUGCUCCUUUGGUUAAGAAAUUAGGUGAUGGGUGAGCCCAGUGAGGGAAAUGACAUGUACCCAACAGCCAUUUUGACAGCCAAUGAGCUGUUUAUAGACUCAAGUUGGAAUUUUUGGCCUUUUGGUUGAGGAAAUCUUUCCGUAGGGAGCUGCCAGCCACUAUAGACUAGUUAGCUUAGAAUCAGGGUUUUGGUAUAUGUUUGGGCAUCUCAGCAGAGUCCAUGCUGACAUACCCCGAUGUGAGGUGGGGUGCAUGGUGACAGGAUUUAAGGUGCUGGGGGAAGGGGGAGUUGGGUUGGAUUGGCAGCCUGGGAGGGUGAACAGUUGGCAGGGUGAGUUUAAACUUCCCUCUCCUGCACUGGAAGUGGCAAGAGCUGGAGUGCUUCAGGCAGGCUGACUGCCUAUAGUUUCAAUCCGAGAAACAGGGAUAGGGCUGGAAAUCCCAGAGAUGGUCCAUCUGGAACAUCUGGAAGUCAUCCAACCUGAGUGAAAUUCCAGGCCCUUUAGUCACACAGUAAACCCUGACAACUGCAACCUUGAAUAACCUAAUGUAUGCUCCUCUCCCUGCACUGUAACAAUCAUAUCCACAAAUACAAGGAGCGAUUUUACCAAAGUCACUUCUCUGAUGUGGAAGAAUAUGAAAAAUGAAUGUGUUGUUUCAGUUCAUCUAUUGUUCCAGAAACCCAGCAACAAUCCUGGGUUGUCUACAUUAAAUAAGGAUGAGCCCAUCAAACUAUAACUGCUCAGCUCUUGCUGUUGUUGCCUGGCAUGAAAAAUCUCAUCACAGAAUUGUCACACAGUAUACUCCCAGUCCCAUCAAAUUUAACUUGCAUACUGUACAGUGUCCAUAGCUGUCAAUCUGAAAGGUUAAAAAUCACACAACACCAGGUUAUAGUCCAACAGGUUUAAUUGGAAGCACUGAAAAUGUGUUGCUGGAAAAGCGCAGCAGGUCAGGCAGCAUCCAAGGAGCAGGAGAGUCGACAUUUCGGGCAUAAGCCCUUCUUCAGGAAUCACAUUAAGCGCACAAAUCAAUUUGAAAGGUAGCCUACAUGCAACUCAGACCAGUUGGUCUCUCCUCAGUAACAAAGGACUAGGUGUUGGGAGACCUGGCUCUUUGUAAAAUUUAGUAAUGCCAUAACACACUUACUCGGAUGUAUUCCUAUACCUCCAGGAGCCAGUGAGAAUCUUUUAACUGCAAUGUGAGCAAUUCAGCUACUAGUUUCAAGAUCACAAACCCCAGUAAAUCAAUGUAAACCCUUUAUAAUGCAUUCAUCCCCAGUUUAUAACACCCACUGUCCUUCUGAAGGAAGCUUGAUAAUGAUUCAAAUAUCAUGAAAUAACAAAAGAAAAAUGACUCAUAACCUCCACUUACAUGAAAUGCAAGAGAAGUUCACCUUCAAACCCAUACCCCAGCACCCACAAAUAUCAUUGAUUUUGCCCAUUCUCUGUCAGAAGAAUGCUGGGAAGAAUGUGGCGAAAAGUAGACCUCACUUUUAAUCCUGCUUUCAAAUCGAACCAUUUGCCAGUACAUUCAUAGACUUCUUAUGAGAUCCACUCAUCUAGAUGCAAGUCUGUCCCAGGGUUGCCUCAUGGAUCUGUAGUGUAGACUAGCAAACUUUCCAUUUCAAAGAGGUCAGUUCUUUUGCUUUAUUGAAAUUCAAACCUUUCUGGCACAAACAGGUGUGAAUCAGAAUGAGCCAACAUUUGCAGUGAUGAUAGUGACAAGGCUGUGCUCAAUCUUUGCCUUUACUGUGUAAAAUUGCUAGCAACAUUUCUGGCAGUCAUAUAUGCAUUCAAGCUGCAAAUCUGGAAUAGUUGCUCGCAGGUACACCUUACUCCACCACAUGCUGCACUAUUGCAAUAUUAACAGAUUUAAACAACACAUCUUCAUGUGAAUUGAUGUGAACUUUGCUUUCUUCCACAUUGGCCUCACGGUAAACAUUAUUCAAAAUGUUAAGUGUGAUGCACAGCUGGGUGUUUGAUGAUGUACUAGCUCCAAAUUACUGCAGAAAAACUGUCCAACCCUGAAAACUAAACUGAUAUUGACGAUCAGUCCCUCAUGAUAGAAUGUAAAAAUUCUAUGAGUUGUGAAGAAUAAAAGCAAUGUUUGUGUUUUGUAGAAGU